AUGCGUAGUUCAUUCUACAGAUUCUUACUAAUUGCCCUACUUCAGCUUCAUACUGCACUUACAAAGGAUAAUGUAGUGACUAGGGGAAAACGAUGUAUAUGCAAUGAACCACCACCAAUGCCACUGCCACAGUUCGAUUGCGGAUGCUACAGUCAGCUGCAGCAACAGUCACAGUUACUUGGCAGUCCUCCAUCCUCUAUUAGUAGCUAUCCACAAGUUGCUGAAAAUGGUCAAACCGUAAUGAGCUAUAAUCAACAACAGCAACAGACUGUUUACCAGAACGGAAUUCAGACGGUUCCAACAGCCCAACAAAUACCAUCAGCAAACGGACUGCCAGUAGCUUACAACAGUUUUAGUCGCUCACAAGCUUUUGAAAACAGCCAAAUACCAUACAACGGUAUGCCAGUUACAGAGAACAGCCAAAAUUUUCCGGAUCAAAUGCAACAGAUGGGUUCAACGAACAUGAACCUAAAUGUUGGAGUACCAAGCAGCCAAAACUACGGUCCAGUAGCUGGAACAUAUCCGAAUGUUAUGCAAAGUAUACCAACUCAGAACACUCAAGAUAAUUAUAAUGUCGUGGUCAAAGAGCAAAACUUGCAAAAUGUACAAAUGAAUGGUGCUACUAAUAGAAUAAACAACCAAGGGGUACCCCAACAUUUCUCAUCUUACGUUUCACUAAAUAACAAUAUGGGCCAAUCACAAACAACAAACUUUGGACAGUCGCAACAAUUGCAGUACGGCCAAUCGCAAAUUAACUACGGGCAAGACCAGACAAAGAUGAGUUUUGGAGAAGAUUCACAAUCAACCUUUGGUCAACAACUACCAAUCUCAAAUUCUCCGCAGCCGGAACAACAAAUAGGCUCACAGUCUCUCGGGUAUGGUCAUCAGGCAGCUGCAAGAUCUUUACAACCACAGGACUGUAAUAACGCUUGUUUGAAUGUUUGCAUGCAGGAGUGUAUGAAAACAGGGCCUGCAGAAAACUGCCGAUCAAUGUGCGAGCAAAGCUGUGAUCUUUCGUGCCACAGAAGACAAGGGGAAUUCCGCGUGAUCACACAACCAGCAAUUCAAUACGCAGGCCGCUGCACAGAAGUCUGUGAAAAUAACUGUUUUAAAACGUGUGCCAGUGACAAAUGCAGGGAAACAUGUCAUGAUACCUGUCACACAGCAUGCGAACAGCAAUCUUGUCCAGAUGUCUGUCAACCUCAAUGUACGCCGUCCUGCGUGCUUGAAAACCAAGAACCACCACCACUAGUUGUUGUUUUGGAGAGGUCAACUGGAAUGGGGAACUGUAAGGCAUCGUGCCGUGAAGCUUGUCAGAAAUCAUGUACCAAUGCUCUUUCAUACCCAAGCUGUGUUGAAAAAUGUGAACCAAAAUGUGAUGAAAUAUGCCAAAACGAUGAAGAUGGAGCAGCAACGUCAACCACAGCAGCUGCUGUCAACAACAGUCCACCACAAAUGGUUCAACUCCAAAUAUUAUGA